UACUAGACUGAUUAGUAGUUCAUUUGUACUUUUUUCAUUUUUCAAAUAUCACAUAAAUAAUAAAACCAAAAUUAAACUUAUUUAAUUGAAAAUGUCAAGAAUAUUUACAUUGUUGAUAUUUCACGAAUUACUAGAAAAAAAAUAAACUCAAAACAUUUAUUUCACAAUAAUUAGUGAAAAAAAACAUCGAUUUUAUGUCUUUUUGUAUACCUAGUUCUUGUAGUAAUAAAUAUGUUUUAAGGCAUUAAAAUGUGAUCUGCACAAUAUGAACGGUGAUAAAAUUCGUGAUGCUUUGAGUGAGUGCAUGAAAAAUAAUAACACAGAUGAUUUCUGGGAGAUGCUUUCUGAAAACGAGGAAAAUUCAUUGGAGGAAACACAAAAUAAUAUGGAAAAAACAGAUUCCAGACCGACAAAUUCUACUGAAAGAUCGAAACGUUCAUCUGAUGAUACGUCAAAAAAUGAAACUACACAAGAAGAUUCUAAUAGUAUGUCAAAAGUGGGUGACAUAUCCGAAAAUUGUAUAAUUCAUUGCGUACUGAGUAACAUGGAUCUGGUGGACGCUAACGGUAUGCCUGAUCAUGAUAAAUUAGUUGAAGGAAUUGUAAAAAGUGCUAAAACUCAAGAGUUACAAUCUUUUUUACAAGAUUCUGUUAAUGAAUGUUACCAGGAGAUUGAAAAAAGUAGUAAUUUAGAUGAUUGCUCUUAUUCGACAAAGUUGGUCAAGUGUUUGGCUGAUAAAGGUAAAGAAAAUUGUGCCGAUUGGCCCGCAGGAGGACUCCCAUUUUGAUAAUAUAAUCAUAUAUUUGUUAGAUAAAAUAAUAUUUUCAAUAUAAUAUUUAGCAAAA